AUGUCUUUUAGCGGACGCAAGUUCUCUAUCAACCGCCAUACUGGCGAACCCAAGCCCAAGGUGCUCACCCGCCGUUUCAGUACCACCGAACCUUCGAUGAACGAAUACCAAUCCAAGGUCCAUCGUCAGUUCCGAAACGCCCAUGAGGGUCACAUGCCUCACGCCGGCCUCGACGCCAGCCGAUCAUCCACUGGUGUUAUCUGGUGCACAGAGCGAGCCUCCGAGUAUGGCUACCUCGACGACCCUGAUGCCUGGGCCAACCUUGGCCAGGGUGCUCCCGAAGUCGAGGACGACAUCGAAGGUUGUUUCCCCCGCCCGGACACCAUUAACGUCUCUAUGGCCGGCCGAGAGUACGGUCCUACAGCUGGUAUCAAGCCCCUGAGAGAGGCUGUUGCGAAGCUCUACAACGAGGCUCACCGACAGGGCAAGGAGAGUCAGUAUACCUGGGAGAACGUUGCUAUCGUUCCUGGUGGCCGUGCUGGUCUCAUCCGUAUCGCUGCUGUCUUGGGCAACUCAUACCUGUCCUUCUUCUUGCCUGAUUACACGGCUUACAAUGAAAUGCUGAGUCUUUUCAAGAACUUUGCUGCCAUUCCCGUGCCCCUGUCUGAGGAGGACGGCUACCAUAUUCACCCCGACAAGAUUGCUGAAGAGAUUGCUCGUGGUACUUCCGUUAUCCUCACAUCAAACCCUCGCAACCCUACCGGUCGUGUGAUUGUCAACCCCGAACUUGCCGAGAUCCAAGACUUGUGUCGAGACCGUGCGACAUUCAUCUCCGAUGAAUUCUAUUCCGGAUACUACUACGCCGACAACUGCUCGGGAAGCACCAUCAGUGCUGCUGAGAACGUUGAGGAUGUUAACGAGGAUGAUGUCCUGAUCAUUGAUGGUCUUACCAAGCGCUUCCGCCUGCCUGGCUGGAGAAUUGCCUGGAUCUUGGGACCUAAGGAGUACAUUAAUGCUAUUGGUUCAUGUGGUUCUUACCUGGACGGUGGUGCCUCGCAUCCUUUCCAGGAGGCCGCUAUUCCUAUGCUCGAGCCCGAACUUGUUCGCAAUGAGAUGAUCCACCUUCAGUCUCACUUCAGAGAAAAGCGUGACUUUGUUGUUCGACGUCUCCGUGAGAUGGGCUUCGUCAUCAAGUACGUGCCCGACUCGACCUUCUACCUCUGGCUCAACCUCGAGGGUCUCCCCGACUCUAUUGCCGACGGUCUCAACUUCUUCCAGGCCUGUCUGGAGGAGAAGGUCAUCGUGGUGCCUGGUAUCUUCUUUGAUCUCAACCCUUCGCGCCGUCGUGACCUUUUCGACUCCCCUUGCCAUCACUUCGUGAGACUGUCAUACGGUCCUCGUAUGGACAUUCUCAAGAUGGGAAUGGACGCCAUCGAGCGUGUUGUUACCAAGCACCGCAAGCUUCACUAA